GGUGUUGAUAUGCAAAUGAGGGGCGUGGCUAAUUUGAAUUUUCUCCGCGCAGCUUGGGGCGGAGACGGGCGUGUCGGCGCCGGGGGCGGGGCCUGUCCGUCAAAUCCUGAGGCUCCUCCCCCUUUUCUUCCUGCCUUUCAUCGUGCACUUCCCCACAGCGGUCUUCACCUAUUGGCUGACGUCCAACAGCUUCAGCCUAUUGCAGACGGGGCUGCUGCGAGUCCCCGCCCUCCGCUCCAAAUUGGGCGUGGCCCCGCCCCCUGCCCCGCCCAAGGCCACGCCCACCGGCCCCGCCCCCCAGAGCAAGGGCGGGAUCCUGACGCAGCUGAAGAAAGAGUGGCGCGAGGCCCAGGCCACGCACGAGGCCGAGCAGCGGCAGUGGCGCCUCAGGAACCACCUGCAGCUGGCAGCCAAAGGUCCUCUCCGCCAAACUUUCGCCCAAAACCCCCUGAGCCCCCCCAAAACGGCGCCCACAGAGCCCCAAAAGAGGCCCUGGAAGGACACGCUGGGCUGAGGGGGGGAGGGGGCGACCCGGAAAAUAAAAAAACGCGCGAACGGAGACCCCAGACUCAUUUAUUUUGGGGGAAAAUCGGGUGGGUUUGGGGUAUUUUGGGCGGUUGGGGAUGCCGUAGUAAAAUGGCGGCGCCGUGUGAGGAGAGGAGCGUUCCGCAAAAUGGCGGCACGCUGGUGGUUUUGCCGUACAAAAUGGCGGUCGCGCAUGCCCAGAGCGGGCGCGUGUUGCAAUUCAAAAUGGCGUACGCGUUGUUUGCCGUACAACAUGGCGGAUUUAUGAAGUUUGCCGUACAGUAUAGCGGGGGCGCAUGCGCAUAGGUAGAAACAGCGCUU